UAAACAGAUUAGCUAUUAAUAAAAGUCAUGCCCGUCAGUUUGUGCCCCCUCUCAAAAUGCCAUAGAGCAAUGUACUUUAUCAAAUUGAUAAUUAUGUGUAAUAAUUUCUGAAACCACUGAUCGUAAAAGUUACAUCACUGGAAUGCUAAAGGAAGAUGAUGAGGACUUUGAGGAAGGUGAUGAGGAAGAUUACAGAGCUGCAAACAGAGGGACAAUUGCAGCUGUCCUUUCUGUCAUAUCCAGUGUUGUGUCUGGUUUUCUCAGGAACUGGGUUUGUUUGAAAGCAUCAGAGAUGUUAAAUGUACCAUCUCAGGCUUUUCCGGCAGCUGGAUCCCAGCAGAGAGUCGCACCAACCGGAAAGUCCAGAAAUAAGGUGGCGCUGAAGCCAGGUCACAGUCUCCUGGACUGGAUCCGACUGACCAAGAGUGGACGUGAUUUGACUGGACUGAGAGGUCGACUGAUUGAGGUGACAGAAGAGGAGCUGAAGAAACACAACACCAGAAGCGACUGCUGGACCUGCAUUAGAGGUAUGGUCUAUAACGUGAGUGCCUACAUGGAUUUCCACCCUGGUGGGGAGGAGGAGUUAAUGAGGGCUGCUGGGAUUGAUAGCACUGACCUGUUUGACCAGGUCCAUCGGUGGGUGAAUUAUGAGUCUAUGCUGAAGGAGUGUCUGGUGGGGAGGAUGGCAGUGAAGCCCAACCCUGCUCUUCAAGCUCAGACAGAGAAGACGGAAAGCACUCUCAUGAACGGUUUGUCUGUUCCUCCACCUUUAAGACAGGAGCCUUUACCUACUCCUCUCCCUGCCAAAGAUCAUCGCCCUCGGUAUGAUUGGUUCCAGACAGAUGGAACUGUCAAUAUUGUUGUUUACACCAAGCGAAAGAUUCCCAGCGCCGGCUGUGCAGUGGUGGAUCUACAGGAUGAUGCUCUUCGGGUGGAGAUGCUCUUAGGGAAGAUGUCGUACCUUCUCUGCUGGCGCCUGUCCAGUGAAGUUCAAGGACGUGUUGAUGUCCAGACAGCCCACUCUGUAGGAAAAGUUCAGGUGUGUCUGCACAAAUCUGUCAAAGAUAAGUGGACGAAAGUGGGGCAACCUCUAGAACACCAUGACACAUUUAUUCAGUGUAAAGAUCGUGAGCUCUUCUACAGGGAAUGUGUGUUGGUUUCAAAAACGGACGUCACACAUGACACACAGGUCUUGCGAUUACAACUUCCACCAGGGUCACACAUGCAGGUUCCUGUGGGGAGACACGUCUACCUCAAAACUUCUCUCCAGGGUACAGAUGUUGUGAAACCUUACACAGCAGUGGAUCAGACACUAAUACCUCCCUCACAAUCUAGUGCUGAAAUGGGCUCAGACUUACAUCUCAUGAUAAAGAUCUAUCCUGAUGGAUUGUUGACCUCACAUCUCACCAACCUCCCUAUUGGAUCCUCUCUGUCAGUAGGCGGUCCGGGGGGAUCCUUCACUAUGCGAAUCCUGCGUGAUGUCACUCAUCUCUACAUGUUAGCGGCCGGCACGGGUUUCACACCCAUGGCCCGUCUUAUGCGGCUGGCUCUUCAGGACCUCGCCUCAAUCAGAAAAACCAAGCUGAUGUUCUUUAACCGUCAGGAAAGAGACAUACUUUGGUGCUCUGAGCUGGAUGAACUUUGUUCAAAAGAGGAAAGGUUUGAGGUGGAGUACGUUCUGUCGGAGCCUACAGACUCAUGGAAAGGCAGAAGAGGGCGGAUAGAUGCUUGUAUGCUGCAAAACUUUCUGGAGAGACCAGAAGACUCCAAAUGUUUAGUGUGUGUGUGUGGCCCAACUGGAUUCACAGAGUUAGCAGUGCAGUUGGUCAGACAGCUGGACUUCAGUGAAGAGGAAAUUCACAUUUUUCAGGGCUGAUUGGGACUUUGAAGUGAAAGAUGGAUUUCACAUACACAUACUUGCAGACUAUCUCUAUGCAUAUAAAAUGCACUUUCCAGUCAAAACAAACAAUUUUUUUGCUGUGUCUCUAUAUAGCAAAUUGAAAUGGUCCGUAAAUCAGGAUGCAAGAGGUGGGUUACUUUACAAGUAUAGCUAUUGCUGUUUGGAAAUGCUCAUCUACUGAAUUAAUAAGGUUUCUCAGUGUGUGUGUACAGAUAAUAUUCUAAUACGGUAAAUUAUCUACCUGGAAUGCAAGUUCCCUACAGAAAUGUACAUUUUGUGCCUCUAGUGCUGUUGUGUCUCAGCUGAAAUCUGUCAACUUGUAUCACAGCCCUGAUGUCAGUUUAGAGGGGGAUUAAACGUUUAAUUGGGUAAAAAACUAUUAUAGCAAAGCACUUUGUUAUACCAGCAAACCAGGUUGCUCUGGAAAUGUAUCCUCAUGCACUGUUUAUUGCAUGAUACUUUGGAUAUUAUGUGUUUGAUACAUUGCAGUCCAAAUAUUUAUUUCUUGAAGAAAGCUCUGAAAUAUGAUUGACUGUAAAAACCGAUAGUUAUUUGACUGGUCAACCACUGAUGGCUUCCAACAGAGAACUUUUAACAGGGUCGCUCUAGCAGUGCCCGCAUUCAAGGGGAAGAUGGGAUGUGGCACUAAGCUGUAAGCAGCAAGAAAUUGAAUUAAAUAGUUAAAACAAAAAAAAACAAAAAAUUGUGUUUGUGUCUUGAUACACCUCCAGUUUUGAUUUCUGCUGCUAACUGCAGUCUUGUAGUCUGAAACAAGUUUUCUCACUUGCAAGAAGAUGGUAAUGUUAUUAACAGCGGCGAAUAAUAGAGGACGAUUUAUUCCAAUCAGUGAAAUCAUGAAAUAAAAUGCAAUGUAAUAUGUAGUAUAUUCAUGCUUUUAAUGUAAUUAAAGUAGUUCUCCCAAAAAUGAACAUUUAAAGUCAGAUGUGAUUUUAUCUUCGUCUGAACAGAUUUGGAAAAGCAUUAAACCAUUUGCUCACCAUUGGAUCCACUGCAGUGAAUGGGUGCCGUCAGAAUGAGAAUCCAAACUGAUGAUUAAAAAAAACAUCAGAACUCUGUCAAUUAAAAGAGCUGCAUGUUUGUAAGAAAUAACUUUAACUUUAAACUGUAACUUCGACAAUGUGCUCCCUCCAGUUAAAUAAUAAAAAUCAUAAUUUCC